CUCUUCCAUUUUUCAUCCAAUACCAACACCAAUACCAAUUCCAUUCGAAGAUUUCCCUUUUCCCUUACCCUAAAUUCUCUGUCCAGUUCCAUCCUCACCAUGGUGGUUCCUCUCGGCCCCGGAAAGUUCUACGGCAGCAGCCUCCCUCGUCCCCGCUACUACUCCGACGUUAAGUUCAAUGAUGAGCGUGUCGAUCCACCGACUCCAGUCCUCGAUCCACUCCUUUCAUGGGCUAACGAGGCUCAUUGGUCAAUGGGUGGUCUUAGCUUCAAUCGCCUCAGGCUUCAAGGUCGGAUCGAAGGCAAUGUUCACAAACUUCGAACCGAGCGCGAGAAGGUUGCCAAGAAGAAGCUUAAAGCACAAAAACUUGACUCUGCGCCAAAGAGAUCUGACCCAGAUGCCGGAGCCGAUGCCCAUCGCCAAUUGAAGAAGGCGAGAUCUGUAACUCCACCACCGGCACCGAUUGCAACCAAGAGACGGCGAUUGAUGGUUCUGUUUGAAGAUGAGGACGAUAUUGGCAUGGAAAAGGAAGAGAUUGGGGUUGUGAAGAGGAGAUUGGUGAAGAAACUGGGAGAUGAUUUUGAUCGGGUGGCUGCAGAGAGUAAGAGGAGUCAAUUGAAGGGUUUGAAGGACAGAAGCUCAGAGAUCAAUGGGGUUAAUGAAUCUGUAAUGAAGAUCGUUGAGGAGAUUAAUAAUGAAAAUACUAAAGUAAAAAAGACCAACAUUGAAAGAAAGGGAAAAACUGGUGGAAAUGUCGAGUCUGUAUCUGUUUCUGGGUCAAGAUCUUCUCCCAGAUUGGCUAAUAAGCGUGCCUUAAAUUGAUUUCAGUAUAUGAGUAUAGUGUAGUUUUUUUUAAUCUUUUGGUCUCCGAUUUUCAAACCUGAGCCAACUCUUGUAAUGUUCAUUUCUUUCUGUGGAAAUAUGAAAAUGGAAUGUAUGUCCUUCAAUUAUCUGAUC